GCCCCCGAGACCUCAAAGCACCAAGUUGAGCAAAGUUUCCCAGUGGCUUGAGAAGGGAAGAGAUUCCCGAGCCCAAGCGCAGGGAAGGAAGGACGCGGUUAUCUAACGCGCUGAUAGCCAGCACCGCAGUGGGACACCUGCUCCAGUGGGACGCGCUGGUGCCACCAGAACGACCCGGAGGCGUCGCGGCAGCCUCACUCUCCACCCCUUCCUCCCUUCCUUACUCACCCCUCCCCAACACCCCGCCCCGUGCUCCGGUGACUCCGCCUUUCCGUGCCGGGUAGCUCUUCGGCGGUAGCAGGGAAGGGAAAGGACCGCUUCCCCAGAGGAUUCGGCUCGGCUCUGAGGCUCCCAAGCCAGCUUAAUCCCAGCGGUGGAACAGGAUCGCCCGCUCAGCCUGCGCCUAGGCGCCACCGAGCACCGGCAGCCUCAUGAGACGCCCCCGGGGACUCUGUGUGCCCUGACACUGUGUUCUGACCCUAGGCGUCCGGACUCCACGGCUCAGCCGGUCCGCAACCACACGGCCAGUCCGGAGAGGAGUAUGCGGCCCGGCGCCCCGUGGACUCCGGCCACCGGGCGGCGCUGGCCUAGCUUCGGAGCCCGGAGCCCGAGGGCAGCAAGUGACAAGCUGAGGCGGUAAAGCGUCGGGGAGCGGAGAGGAGAGCUCCAUCCCGGGUGUCCGCUGGGCCGCACGACCGGUGUGUGGCCUGACCUCCCGGCAGGAGGCGGAGGCUCCGUGCCGUCCUGGUUCCGGGGAGGCUGCAGAGGGGCUCAGCGGCGGCCCCAGACAGACCUCUGGCUACCAUCCUCACUCUCCUGCUCCUGCGGCGGGGAUGUCACGGCCCCGGCUCCGAGCGCCGCCCCAGCCCCGGGGUUGAGCUGCGGACCAUGUCCUCCCGCAGCCCCCGGCCCCCGCCCCGCCGCUGCCGCCGCCGCCUGCCUCGCCCCUCCUGCUGUUGCUGUUGCUGUCGCCGCUCGCACCUCAACGAGGACACCGGGCGCUUCGUGCUGCUGGCCGCGCUCAUCGGCCUCUACCUGGUGGCGGGUGCCACGGUCUUCUCCGCGCUCGAGAGCCCGGGCGAGGCGGAGGCGCGGGCGCGCUGGGGCGCCACGCUGCGCAACUUCAGCGCGGCGCACGGCGUGGCGGAGCCGGAGCUGCGCGCCUUCCUCCGGCACUACGAGGCCGCGCUGGCCGCCGGGGUCCGAGCCGACGCCUUGCGACCACGCUGGGACUUUCCCGGAGCCUUCUACUUCGUGGGCACCGUGGUUUCAACCAUAGGUUUCGGCAUGACCACCCCAGCCACAGUGGGCGGGAAGGCCUUCCUCAUCGCCUACGGACUGUUCGGCUGCGCGGGGACCAUCCUCUUUUUCAACCUCUUUCUGGAGCGCAUCAUCUCGCUGCUGGCCUUCAUCAUGCGCGCCUGCCGAGAGCGCCAGCUGCGCCGCAGCGGCCUGCUGCCCGCCACCUUCCGUCGAGGCUCGGCUCUGUCAGAGGCGGACAGCCUAGCGGGCUGGAAGCCCUCGGUGUACCACGUGCUGCUCAUCCUGGGCCUGUUCGCCGUGCUGCUGGCAUGCUGCGCCUCGGCCAUGUACACCAGUGUGGAGGGCUGGGACUAUGUGGACUCGCUCUACUUCUGCUUCGUCACCUUCAGCACCAUCGGCUUCGGGGACCUGGUGAGCAGCCAGCACGCCGCCUACCGGAACCAGGGGCUCUACCGCCUGGGCAACUUCCUCUUCAUCCUGCUCGGCGUGUGUUGCAUCUACUCGCUCUUCAACGUCAUCUCCAUCCUCAUCAAGCAGGUGCUCAACUGGAUGCUGCGCAAGCUGAGCUGCCGCUGCUGCACACGCUGCUGCCCGGCUCCCGGCGCGCCCCUGGCACGGCGCAAUGCCAUCACCCCGGGUUCCCGGCUGCGCCGCCGCCUGGCCGCGCUGGGUGCCGACCCCGCGACCCGCGACAGCGACGCCGAGGGCCGCCGUCUGUCGGGCGAGCUCAUCUCCAUGCGCGACCUCACGGCAUCCAACAAGGUGUCGCUGGCGCUGCUGCAGAAGCAGCUGUCCGAGACGGCCAACGGCUACCCGCGCAGCGUGUGCGUCAACACACGCCAGAACGGCUUUUCGGGCGGCGUGGGCGCACUGGGCAUCAUGAACAACCGGCUGGCAGAGACCAGCGCCUCCAGGUAGAGCGGCCGCCCGCCCCCAGCGCCGCGGACCCGGCCCGGGCUGCGCGCCGCCGGGCGGGUUUGCUUCAUUUCUCUCCGAGAUGGCGCUUUCUUAAUCUUUAUCCAAUAAAAACGAAACCAAAAAAAAAAAAAAAAAAAAAAAAAAAACAA